AUGGCUGAUCAAGCCCAAAAACGAACCUAUGCUCCUCUGCAACAGCUAACGCGCGUUGAAAGUGAAAUAACAAACGUUGGAAAACAUUUUAAAAGCUCAAAAAAGCGCUUCAGAUGGACUUUCAAUUUUAACUCAAAAGCUUAUGAUAUCAUACUUUUCUCAAGCAAGUAUUCUGGAAGAAGGACCUUGAUUAUCAAUGGGAAUAAAGAAAUAGAAACAUAUAAGCCCAGCUGUGUCUUGGAAAAUGUGUAUAAUUUUAUUCUUGAUAACUGCAACUUUCAAAUCUAUGAAUAUCAUUACUCAAGAUUUGACAUUAAAUAUGAUAAGGCAAUUUAUGAUAAUUCUCCUUCUAAUUGAGAUUCUGCAGAUUUAUAUUCAAAAGAACUAGAAAGGAGUUCAUUUGCAUCUACUGGGCAGGGAAGAUUAUCGUCUUCAGAAAUAGAAAUUGAAGGCCAAAAUCAGGUUAAUGAGUAUCGUCCAGCAGCUAAAAAGACAAAUGCUGAAUUACACGAAGCAUUUUACAAGAAUAACUGCGGGCCAAGAAAAUAUUUGAAAGAGGAAAUAUAGGGAAUUCCCUAGAAUCGCAGGUAAGGCAGGGAUUGGAGAGGAAAACUCUCCAGUUGGUUGAGCUAUAUCAGGCUGGUAAAACUAUUUGCAGAGAGGCUCAUUUGCUAACUCUCAAAUCGCUACUUACCAGGCGAUUCUAGGGAAUUCCCUAUAAAUGAUUAUGGGCAAUUCAGCACGUAUGCAAAAACCGAAACCACAUGAGACGAAUACAAUUCACAGUGGGAAGUAAAAGCCACUACUUAUAAUAAAAAUCAUUCAACUUUUGGAGCCAAAAAACUGCAGCCUUCAUCCAGUGUGAAGACAAUAGAUCUUCUCGGACUUUCUGAAAAUAAUGAAACUCCAACGGAUAUAUUUUUUCCACUGUCAACAAGAAGCAGUAUAUAGGGGUUUCCCCUAGAUAGUCCUUACAGGCUGUGGAUUCUGUCCAGAAUCCUUUGGUUGGUGGAACCAACAAGCGAGUUGGCCCGACCAACGUACUGAGUUGGUUCCACCAACCAAAGGAUUCCGAACAGAAUCCACACAGCCAUGCAGGGCUAUCUAGGGGAAACCCCUAUAUCCCAUUACAGCACAGCCCGUAGAUCUACAAAUCCUUUCGACGAUGAUUACAUUAACGAUGAUAAUUUUUUUUCUAAAGAAUGGGCCACACCCAAAUCAAGUCACAAUUAUUACAAAUAA